AUGAUGUAUGAAAAUACACUAUUUGUUAUUUCUAAAUGUUUAUUUGUGUGAACUUGCGAGUUUUUAGAACUAAAACAGUAUUGGCUUAUCUCCCCAGGUUAGUACAGUCCUGAGUAUCUCUCCAGGUCUAGUUGAGCCCUGAGUAUCGAUCCUUCAGUAUUGUCUAAAAUAAGAUAACAUGUAGAAAACAUUUGGUCAGGUGUGAGGAGAAGUGAAUACAGGUGUGAGCCGAGGAUACUGUUUAAAGCUGCUACUGGAGAAUAUAUCAGUCCGCAUCCUAACCUAAACAAUAACCAUGACCUUUUCUAAUAUCCAAAUACCAGAAAUGUUGAGAGCUCAUGCAAAAAAAUUAUUUGUGGCUUCAGUUUUGUACUUUUUGGGAUUGCUCGGUUUUAGUAUUUUAGUUCCAAUAUUAGGACUGAUCGGAUACUUAUCAUGGUUAUAUUUUAAUCCUGGAGACGAGGUUCCAUCCCGUCCAGAGGAGAAACAUGAGGAUUUUGAAAUCGAGGAUGAAGAGCAAUCAGAGUGGACAACCCAACCUGGAGUAGAGAGAACGGAGUGGAUCAACGAAAUCAUUCUUAAAGUUUGGCCUGGCACUGAGAAGCGGAUAUUAGCUGAGAUUGAAAAUGUUCUGGCUGGAGAAGAGAGUAAAUCCAACCUUAAUGUUCUUGGUGUUGGUGAGAUAAAGUUAAUAAAGUUCCAACUUGGAGAUAUUCCACCUCGCCUCGGAGGAGUAAAGAUUCAAGGUGUAAGUUUAGACGAACUUAUCCUGGAUUCAGAUUUAAGCUAUAUCGGAAACUCCAGGAUUGAAUUUACUCUGGGAAUCAACAAAUUUUCUCAAAGUAUUGCUCUCGCAGUAGAAAAUUUUACCUUGUCAGGAAAGUUUAGAAUAAUUUGUAAACCGUUGUUGAACCAUACUCCGUUCGUGGGUGGAGUAAGGUUCAGUUUCCUUAACAUCCCGGAGAUAGAUUUCGAACCUAUUGGUUUACUCUCCGUCCUAGAUUUACCAGGAUUAAGACAUUUUAUCCACUCCAGGAUAACUAAUCAAAUCCAGGAGUAUCUAAUGUUUCCACGUGGAAUAACCCUACCCGUCCCAAGUAGUGAGAAGAAGAAACAUUUCCCGAAGACAGACAAAUUUGAACUUCCCAAUGGGGUUUUUUCUCUCUGCUUGGUUGAAGCUAAAGAUCUGAGAAACACGGAUUUAACCUUCCUUAAGAAAGGCGUUUCAGAUCCGUAUGGAACCCUAUCCUUUUCCGUAGAUGGAAAAGAGCACAAUUUCAGGACGGAAAUUAUAAAAAACUGUUUGGAUCCAAAAUGGAAUUUUCAUAAACUUUUCUUCGUCGAUGAUCCGAAGACUUUUUCCGAGAUAAAUAUUUGUAUUCGUGAUAAAGAUACCUACGGGGCAGACGAUCUGCUUGGAGUAAGUUGUGUUUACAAGGAUGUUGUUUCUCAGGUCAUCAGACGUGAAACUACAUACGACUAUUGGAAGAUGCUGGAGAAGACGGAUCAAGGUUCUGUCAGGGUUCGUGUCUCCUGGUCUAGGUUUGAUAUCUCUCCACCUAGGAAUACAGAUGAUCAGGCAGUGGUUGUGGUCUAUCUUGACUCAUGUCGAAAUAUAUUUGGAACUGAAACACGAAAACCAGACACAAAAAUAAAAAUCUCCAUUGGGCCCCAAAGUUGUGUUAGUCAGACUGUGUUUAGUUGUAAAAACCCUAUUUAUGACGAGAGACUAAUCAUUUUCUCAAAUAAUCCAACCAACGACGACAUUUUGUUUGAGCUUCUUGAUGCCAAGGAUGAUUCUCUUCUAGGUUCAAUUAUGAUAGAGUUAACACAGAUAUUGAGCCAGGAAAACUUGAUCCUGGACAACAAAGAGUUUACUCUGAACUCCUCCAGGAUUCAUGGGAUAAGGUUGAGAUUAUCCCUGGCACUCCGGUUUCUACAGUCGGAGCAAUUCAUCCUUCCUGAAAACCAUCUCAUGGAUAAAUCACUGGAGGAGGGGCAUGUAUUUGAAACCCAUCCUUCAUUAGGAUCAAUAGAGAUCAUAGAGGACUUGUCACAGCCUGAACAAAUAGGGUUUAUAGACGAAGGAUCGGAGCAAGACUGGAGAAAGAUCAACGGGACUAAUGAUAUUACCUCUGGAAGCUCUGAACCAGCUCUAAGGGGGAAUUCUUUAUCAGAACGAAACAUCAGUCUUGAAGAAGAGAAAAAAUAUAACGAAGAUUUUCAACCUUUCCGUAGAUCUAACACUCUUCCAUUACAGAAGGUAUCUGGAGUUAAAGGUUUAGAAAGGUUACCGUCUGUUAUGAAAAGGAAGACGACCAAAGUGAUUACUGGAGCAAAGGUUCUGUUAACUCUUAAGUUCAACAAGGCAACUUCAGUUCUAUCCAUUGUUAUACACAAGGCUGUUAACCUCCAGGAGAUAUCCCAAGUUCCCCUACCCAGCCCCUACCUCAAGUGUUACCUCGUGGAGUCCUCCUUCGGUAGGAACAGGAGGGAUAACUACUCCAAGAAGAAGACAAAGGUGAAGAAGAACACCGUGAACCCUGUCUACGAGGAAACCCUGGAGUACUGUGUCCCACACUUCCAUCUCAAAACCCAGAAAGUAGAGAUUAUCCUGAGUUCCCGUAAAACUGUGAUGAGUAAGAGUAUAACCCUAGGGCGGAGUCUUCUGAACCUAUCUAGUCUACAGUCUCAACCCUCUCUUACACUUUGGACACCCUUCAGAUUGAGUGAGGAGAAGGAUAGCGUAACAUCUCUUAGCAGAACCAGCUCCGGGUCCUUUAAUCAGCACCAGACAAUCAGUCAAUCCUCCUUACCAUCCUGAUACAAUCCUCCUUACCAUCCUGAUACAAUCCUCCUUACCCUCCUGAUACAAUCCUUCUUACCAUCCUGAUACAAUCCUCCUUACCAUCCUGAUUUUGUAUAAGGAAUUAAGGAAUUAGUUUUUUUACACAGUUGUCGUCGUAUAUAUCAAUACAAUAAAGACAACUUUCUAUUUUAAUUUUGAU